ACUUAAGGGUUUGUUGAUGGUAGAUAUAUUUGCAGGGGUGGUUGGGGAUCCACACGGGGGCCGCGCACGUCCUGCGCAUGUAUAAAUGUGCUGCGCGCGCGCAGCCGCCGCAGUUUGAGUGAGGACACCGAGCGACACACGCACAAUGAGACAGUUUAGUUCCCUGGUGGUGGCGCUGGCGGCGCUGGCGGCGGCGCACGCGCAGUUCCCCAACGGACGCAUCCUGGAGCCGCCCGUGCCCUCGCAGUGCGUGCAGAGGGUCAUCCACGAGAGAUAUGCUGAUAACAAGGGCUAUUUCUUCUCGUGGCGGGACCCGGCGCUGCGGGGCGUGGAGGAGGACUGGCUGAGCGCCAGGAACUACUGCCGCCAGCGCUGCAUGGACCUCGUGUCGCUCGAGACCAGCGACGAGAACGAGUGGGUCAAGAACCGCAUCGUGCAGGAUAAGGUGAAGUACAUCUGGACGUCGGGGCGGCUGUGCGACUUCAAGGGCUGCAACCGGCCCGACCUGCUGCCCAACGAGGUGAACGGCUGGUUCUGGACCGCCGAGCUGCAGAAGCUGGCGCCCACCACCAACCGCCAGCAGAACGACUGGUCCGAGGGCGGCGGCAUCGGCAAGCCGCAGCCUGACAACCGGGAGCUGAUCCAGGGCGGCGCGGCGGAGCACUGCGUGGCGAUCCUCAACAACUUCUACAACGACGGCGUGCACUGGCACGACGUGGCGUGCCACCACCGCAAGCCCUUCGUGUGCGAGGAGAACGACGCGCUGCUCAAAUACGUGCGCUACACCAACCCCAACCUGAGGGUCUGAGCCGGCUCACCAUAGACAACAUAGAACCAAAAAUUACAAGAGAGAAACCGUACAAAACUUAAUCAAAACGACUCUAAUUACUUCGACUGCUGAAUUAGAAAUAUGUAUCAGUGAUUUGAACAGAAUAUUUUGCAGUAAAUUGUUUAAUCUUUUGUUGUUUUGACUAAAGCCUGACCACUGGUGUUUAAAAAGAUUUAUGGCAUAAAUUACAGUUGAUUUAAUAACCCUAAUACACCUUUAGGCAUCCUGGCAACCUCUGUUGUAUACAGGUGAGGGUAAAUUUGUAUAGGGGACUCCUAACCCAAUGAGAAUGUACUGAUUUCUAUCUUUACCCUAACUGUAUCUUUUCCAGUGGUCAGAUAAGUUUUAAGUUUACCUCAUUAACAUAUUUAUUGCAGUAUUGUAAAACGGUAGUCAUAGAUGCAGGUUAUUUAUAAGUAUUUAAUAUCUGUCAAUAAAGACUGCUAAUUUUUA